GAGCAACCACGGCACCAAGCUACUAAUGGAGCUGCUAGGUCCCGGAGGCUUCAUUGCAACUCCAGUACCGUACUCGAGUGCAGGGUAACUGAAGCUCGCGCUAGGACAUUGGAGUUGCCAUUGCUGGUGGGGUCCGGCUCUUUUUUUGGUUUUCAUUUUUUUCCGUCGCCCUGCAAGUAUCCAGGAGAGGGAAUAUUGGACGUCUUAGCGGGAGGCUCGAUUGUUCGAGUUAAAUCUAAGUUUCGGAGGGCUAGCUCUAAUGCCGGAACAGCAACGGGAUUCAGCGUUACUGCGAGUUGAUCCUUGAGUCUUAUGCGUAGAAAAUACCGGCAUCAUCAUACGUUGUGCAUCAUACCCGUACCUUUUGCCAAAAGUCGGCUUGGAGACUUGGGCAGCCGAGCCAACUGGAGGGCAGGAAGACCUCCGGGCCACCAUACUCUUAGCAAACGGAGAAAGGUGAUUGGGCAGGCUCGCCCUGCAGGAAGCCCGGAUCUCGCUUUUACGAAAAGAUGCCGUAUUGGUACGUAUCGAUGCAGCGUACUCACUUGCACUCCUGGAGCAUCCGAACCCGCAGAGACCAGGUGUGCGGGCUACAGCUUGGAGAGGAACCUUUGGCCGGAAAUAAGCGGUGCUUCGUGAUGUCGGACGCCGGUUCCAAUCCAUACUUUUUUUCACUCAACCACCAUUCGAGUCUGGAGAGCUAGGCUCGGGCGAGUAAUUAUUGGGGUUUCGAUAUUGUCGACCUAGAUGCACCUCUGGGGGAUCAGGGUGUGGCAUUGGACGAUGCACUCGGGUAUAUGGUAUAAUGCGAAUUUGUUGGUACGAGGAAUUCGCUGCUGAGAUGCAGACUUCUCACCCAAAGACGGCUGACUUGCACGCUCUGUGCGCCCUGUAAGUCAGUGGCCUCUACGCAGGGGGCCGUCGGUUGGUGAUGAUUCCAGUGUUGCCCUUUUCAAGUCUCCCAUUGUCGUUGAAGCCGGGGCACACACUAGCUAGUCCGUCGGCCAAUUGGAGAGCAUCGCUGGAAGUGAUGUGCUCUUGCCACAACACUGCUUCCGGCGUGUAGUUUUUACCAUUCUCACGCUUGCUCCCUCCCUCUCUGCGGCACGGCGAAUGCUAGCUGACGCUAUGGAGCAUACGUCAGCUCCAAAGGCGUCUAUACCCUGAGGAUUUAUUCACUUGAGGCGGGGGAAGCUUCCCCACAGGAGAUAAAUAGGGGCGGUCCCCCCGUCCUUUCCCUUUCAACUCCAAAGCUCCCCACAAACUCCACUCGACUACAACAGCAGCUACAGCAACAGCCACUUCACUCUUCACACCCAUACGCUUCUCCGAUAUUCACCCUCAGCAAAAUGACCUACCGCAACACUUCACGUAAUCCGGUCUUGAUCAACGGUGGUCGCACCCUUCGUGCUGAGUGCCAGAAGAUUGACGGUGGCUGGGUCAUUUCUGAAAUCGAUCUCAAUGCCUGUAUCGGUAACCUAAAUGGUUUGUAAUUUUCUUCGACCUGUGCUGUUCCAGGGUUCCUUACCCCACCGGAGAACUCUCGGUGAGACAGACAAACACCUGAUUGCGCAAACGGAGAUAACUAGGUGAUGACUGUUAGGAUUCCUUGCAUGGGACAUGCGAAAUUUCAGCGAUACGGCUGAGGAUAUUCUCCUCGAGGAGGAUGGACGUAAGCUCACUUGCAUGGUCAGAAAGGUGGAUGGUAGGCACCGCGAAAGGCAGGGUAUCUACUUGGAUAAGAUUCACAAUUUCAACGGUGUGCUUACUUAUCGUAUGCUGGAUCCAGUCUCCCUUGAAUCAGUUGGUGCAGCUCGUGUUGACUACUUUUGA